UGGAGAGGCUGAAUCACAACCAGCCAGCUUGCCCCAGGCCCGAAAGCAGGAGGAGCUGGCCCUGUGCAGAUGGGCAGCGAGUGGUACCCGCUGCUCACCUUUUGCUCUCCGGGGGCUGCCGGUUCAGCUAGAAACCGAAGAGCUUUUAGAUGACGUUUUCCUCUCCUCCCACUGAAUCAGCCUUUUAUUUACUCUUUGGAAUGCAAAGUAACAGGACACCCUGUGAGUUUUAUCUCUCUCCCCAUCUUUUGUAUCGCUGUGGAAGUUGCCGGACCGGAUUGGAUCGGAGGUUUUAGCUGCAGACACGGUCGGGGUGGUUUCGGGGCUGUCUGGCAGGAAUCUGGGUGGGAGGGCACUGUAGGUGCGAGCCUCGCUGGGAGCAGAAUCCUUCCAGCCACACCGCAGGGAGGAAAAGCCUUUGUCGCUCUCGGAAGCCGACCCUUCACCGGUGUGGCCGUGUGGAUGGCUGCUGCUCCUUUUCCAGCCUAGAAUUCUCAGGAACUGCCUCCACCAGAAGCCUUUUCCCCUGUAGGCAGCCUGCCUUCAUUCCUUACGUAAGCAGCUGUCUUUUCCUUUCCUUCACGUGGAUGUGGAUGGCAUUCCCAGGGCUGGGAGCUGAUGCGGAAGUAUCCUACCUGUUCAGACGACGUUUGCCUCUCUGCCACUAAUCCCUGUCUCCUCUGGGACUCUCCUGGGGGUCGAGCUCAGUGCGGUUUAGCUCUUGGAACUUGCAUACAGUUCUGACAAGACGGACUCGGUUCCCAGAUUUCAGCGGUGCCUGAAGCCACUGCUGUCCUUCCUGCUAAAGGCGUGUUAAACCUCCGCUUGCUGCUCUCCUAGUGCUGUCGGGGCCAAACUGAUACGAAGAGGCAACGUGAGGAGGAGGAGGAGGAGGAAGAGGAGGAGGAGACGGCAUUUCUUGGGUGAACUGGUAGAAGUGGGAAGAAACAGAGGCUUUCCUGCCGACUGCUGCCAUUGCACGUGGGACAUGAACAACCUGGAGGAAGGUGUGGAGUUCCUCCCUGCCAUGAACUCCAAGAAGAUGGAGAAGCGCGGUCCGAAGCGGCGGGUGGUCGUCACCGUCGUGAUCGUUGUUUUCCUGCUCAUCUCUCUCAUCACCGGCCUCCUGGUUUGGCACUUCAAAUACAGGAAUGUGGCCGUCCAGAAGGUUUUCAAUGGCCACUUGCGGGUUCUGAACUGGGACUUCCUCGAUGCUUAUGAGAACUCCAGCUCGCCGGAGUUCGUCAUGCUGGCCAGGAAGGUGAAGAGCACGGUGGAGGAGAUCUACAGGAAUCAUGCAGAUAUUGGCCCUUACCACAAAGAGACAGUGAUAACUGCCUUCAGCGAAGGCAGCAUCAUUGCCUACUACUGGUCAGAGUUCCUCGUCCCCAAGUACCGGGCGGAGAGUCUGGACAGGGCGAUGGCAGACACACAGAGCCUGAUCCAGAGGUGGAACCCCCGCCUGCGCAACCCCAUGCUGAAGGUGGAGUCGGUCGUUGCUUUCCCUGCCGACCCCAGCAUAGCUUACUCCGCUCGGGACAAGAGCUGCAUGUUUUCCCUCCACGCCAAGGAAGGGGAGAUCACCACUUUCACCACGCCGGGCUUCCCCAACAGCCCGUACCCCAACAACGCGCUCUGCUACUGGACGCUGAGGGCGGACGCCAACGCUGUCAUCAGCCUGACCUUCAAGACGCUGGAGCUGGAGCCGUGCACGGAUGACAGUGACUACAUUAAGGUGUACAACUCCCUGAGCCCCGUGGAGCCCCACGCUUUGGUCAGGCUCUGUGGGAAUUAUGCCCCUUCCUACAACCUGACCUUCCUGUCCUCCCAGAACGUCAUGCUCGUCACGUUGAUUACCAACAAGGAGGGGAGAUUCCCUGGCUUUAAGGCUGAGUUCUUCCAGCUCCCGAAGAUGAAAGUCUGCGGUGGGACUCUGAAAGGAGAGAGCGGCACCUUCACGACUCCCUAUUACCCAGCACACUACCCCCCAGUCACGGACUGCGUCUGGAACAUAGAGGUUCCUUCUAAAAAGAACGUGAAGGUGCGUUUCAACAUGUUCUUUGUGCUGGAGCCCGGGAUCCCAGUCAGCUCCUGCACCAAGGACUACGUGCAGAUCAACGGCACGAGGUACUGCGGGGAGCGUUCCCAGUUUGUGGUGGCCAGUACUACCAACAAAAUAGAGGUCCGGUUCCACUCAGACCAGUCCUACACAGACACUGGCUUCUCUGCUGAGUACCUGUCCUACGACUCCAGCGAUCCCUGCCCUGGCAAGUUCGCCUGCAACACGGGCCGCUGCAUUGACAGAAGCAUGCGCUGCGACGGGUGGCUGGACUGCGUAGACGGCAGCGACGAGAGAUCCUGCGCCUGUACCGACCAGCAGUUCAGGUGCCAGAACGGCUGGUGCAAGCCCAAGUUCUGGGUCUGUGACAAUGUGAACGACUGCGGCGACAACAGCGAUGAGCUGCAGUGCAGCUGCGCAGCUGACAGCUUCAAGUGCAACAACGGGAAGUGCAUCCCCGAGGCACAGAAGUGUGACGGCAAGGAUGACUGUGAAGAUGGGAGCGACGAGGGCAGCUGCAGCAAUGCGGUCCCCGCGACAGUCCCCUGCACGGAAUACACGUACAAGUGCCACAACGGGCACUGCCUCAGCAAACAGAACCCGGAGUGCGACGGGGAGCAGGACUGCGAAGACAAUUCUGAUGAGCACAACUGCAACUGUGGGAUCCGCUCCUACAUAAGGAAGUCGCGGAUCGUCGGCGGGCAGAACUCGGACGUGGGAGAAUGGCCGUGGCAGGUCAGCCUCCACGUCAAGGGCCAGGGCCACAUCUGCGGCGCCUCGCUGAUCUCCGAGAGCUGGCUGGUGUCGGCGGCGCAUUGCUUCCUGCAGCUGCAGGGCAUCAGGUACUCGGAGCCCAGCCUGUGGACGGCGUACCUGGGCCUGACCGACCAGGGCAACCGCAACGGUGCCAACGUGCAAACGCGGAAGAUCAAGCGCAUCAUCUCCCACUCCUACUUCAACGACUACACCUACGACUACGACAUCGCCGUGGUGGAGCUGCAGACCCCCGUCACCUUCUCCUCCGUCGUCCAGCCCAUCUGCCUGCCCGAUGCCACCCACAACUUCCCCGUGGGCAAGGACCUGUGGGUGACUGGAUGGGGAGCGACCAUGGAAGGAGGCAGCGGAGCCUCCGUCUUGCAGAAAGCAGAAAUCCGGCUCAUCAACCAGACCGUGUGCAACGAGCUGCUGACAGACCAGCUGACGCCACGCAUGAUGUGCGUGGGGAUCCUGACGGGUGGCGUGGACGCCUGCCAGGGAGACUCCGGGGGCCCACUGGUCAGCGUGGAGCCCAGCACUCGGAUGUUCCUGGCCGGCAUAGUGAGCUGGGGCGAUGGCUGUGCUCAGAGGAACAAGCCUGGAGUCUACAGCCGGCUCACCAGCCUGCGAGACUGGAUCAAAAAGCAGACGGGGCUCUAGGGCCAUGGACACCGCUGGCUGGAGCCACUUGGUGCUGCCCCGUCCUCCCGGCAGCGCACAGCCUCUACUGUGAACACCGACCCUCCCUCUACCUCGCUGCAAGUGCCUGGGACUCCGUGUGGGUACUGCGUGGCCAGAGCUGAUGGUUUGGCUUAGCCCUUAGUACUGUUCUCACAUCUCAACUUAGAAAUCCAUGGUUGGAGUAGGAGAGAUUGCCCCUGGGGGGUCAGCUAGCGCAGCUCCCCCAACCGACUUGACUGACCAGUCAUUCAAGAUGUAUAGGAAACGUUUUAAAAAAAAAGAAAAAACCCAACAAACACUCGAUGUGUUUAGAGGCAAACUUAUUGGGACGGGUUCCAGAAGGAAGCAGUCUGUAUCCUGAAAAUCUCCUUUGUUUGCUUCCAAACUGCCAUCCGCACCCCUUUCUCUGGUCUUCAGUCAUGGGGGGGUGGGAAAGGGGAGUUCUCACACUGGUUUGGGGGGAGCCCCUUGGGGCCCCCUCCCCUCGUGGUGUCCCAUGCCCUGGUCUCCUCCUUCCGUCCUCUGUCCCCAUCAGCUUCUGGUCAUGCCGAGCCCAGGGCUGGGGGGCUGAAAGAGCAGAGUUUGUCUCAGCCCUGGUGGCACUCAACCCGAGGGAGGCAGCGGCACGCAGGUCCUGGCACUGCCAUGCUACACCGCAGUUCAGCCAGCACAGCUUCUUCUGAGCUCCAGCUGCUCAGGAGUUGUGCUCAGGAGUUGUGCCACACUGUGCCCCUUCCCCUUGUGCUCCACGACGAGCAGCAGGGCUUCCGCAAACAUGGUCUGGGGGGCUCCUCUGCAACGACACCAGGGGUAGCUGUGCCAGCCACCAGACUCUACGACCCACCUUACUUUUGUAGAGGAAAAAAAAUGCAACAAUGUGACUCGUGAAUGUGCUGAUUUUAUUUCUUUUUUCCCGUUCCUUCCCCUGGCAGAGCACGCUCCACUUGAGCAUAGUUAGCCCCUUCCUUGCCUGUAAAUACAUUGUUUUGUAAAACUAUGUGGAGUGGAGAUGCUCUAAUAAACAGGGAUGUUUUCUAA